ACAGACCAUUAGAGCCGGGCUACAUGGUGAUUGACAGGUUGUUUAUGGCCAUUCGGUGUUUGCAAAGAAAACAAGAUGGAUGUUUCUUUUCCCCAUUUUGUCACUUGGUAAGAAGUUCAAGGAACAUGUAAAAAAAGUGUACUUCUUGUGCUUUUAUUUUAUUUUUAUUUUAUAAUCUAACAACUUGACUGAAGUAAGGCCUUCCCUUGAUGUCUCCAGCUUCACGAGCAUCUUCUCCCCUCCUGGAGAUGAUCUUCGUCCAGCAGAACCUCGUUAUACCUGUUGAACGUCGUUAUGAGCCGCAGCUCGAGUCAGCUCCACGUGCCUCGUGUUGAUUUUAAAUUUCAAUAAACGAUUUAAUUAAAUUUAACUUCUUCUUUUUUUUUGCCGUGGAUGAUUUGAAGAUGCCUUUCGGGUGCUUUCCUAGCCCACAUUUUGGAUUAUUUAACGCACGAGCAGAAGGGAUUGAAUGACUGCGCGUGGACCUUCCCUCUCGAUGGGAGCGUCAGGAUCUGCUUACUGAAACAGGUUUUGCUUACUUCUUUCCUCCAAAGCCCCUCUUCAUCCUCAGAGGCCCGAGUCUCACCUUACUGACUGAAUGAGAGAGGAGUGUCCGCCUCUCCAAUCAGCUGCAUGAACGGGUUAUUUAUGGAUAUUACGCACAGCUCCAUUCGCGAUCUUUCAUUUUUUAUUUACCGUUUACGACCUGUAACAAAAGCCUAUAUUCCGUCAUGAUCACUGGUAACUUAUUAAACGACAAACACUUUUUUUCCCCGGAGCUCCUAUCUAUUAACAACUUCUCUUUCUUUCUUUCCGGGUUAUUGGUGAGAGCGCACCCCUCCCCCCUCUUAUCUCCUAGCUACACGCACACACGUACACACACACACACACACACACACGGGCUGACACUCGGAGUGCGUUGUACUUCUCUUAAAUUCAAUAUUGGUCUUCUUCUCAUGGAGAGCUGCUUCAGGUUGAUUUUGCCGACACGUGUCGCACCAAUCGUGCGUAAAAAGAGGAAGCUGCACUCAAGAUGAAAGCCCCCUCUUCUCGUUUCUUCUGCAAUCGCAGAAUGACCACCAGAUGUGCCAUUUAUUCCUUCUUCCUCCUGUCACUGACUCUGUGCGUCCUGCUGUCAGUCAGGAUGAAGCACAGCGACUUCACGGAGCUUCCCCCUCCACCAGCAUUAAGCAUUCAGUUAUUUCACAAGUACAAUAUUAACUGUUUGGCUGUGUACGACAUGGACCCGGUGGAGGUGGGCAAGUCAAUGGUCAUCAGACGGAAUCCAGUUGUAGAGGACAAGGAGGGAAAUCUGCUCAACCUCACCGCAGACUGCCCGUUGUUCAUCAAGUCCAGAGGUUACGACGACGUGUGCGUCUCCGAGGAGGAGAAAGACUUUCCUCUUGCUUACUCAUUGGUUGUGCAUAAAUUCGCCCCGAUGGUAGAGAGACUCCUCAAAGCUCUGUACUCACCCACAAACAUCUACUGUAUCCACUACGACCAGAAGUCUCCGGCUCCGUUCAUCUCAGCCAUGGAGGCUUUGGCCCGCUGUUUGCCCAACGUCUUCAUCGCCUCCAAGCGAGAGUCCGUCUUCUACGGGAGCGUCAGUCGACUGAAAGCCGACCUCAACUGCCUGUCCGACCUUUUGGCGUCGGACGUCAAGUGGAAGUACGUCAUCAACGUCUGCGGGCAGGAUUUCCCCCUCAGGUCCAACGUCGAGCUGGUGUCCGAGCUGCGGGGGUUGAACGGAGCCAACAUGCUGGAGACGUGCCGACCCAGCGAGUCCAAGAAGCAGCGGUUCUCCUUUCACCACGAGCUGAGGGACGCCGACUUUGAAUACGGAAAGCUGCCCGUGAAGACGGAGCGGGCGAAGAGCCCGCCGCCGCACGGCAUCGAGGUGUUCUCCGGCAACGCCUACUUCGUCUUGUCCCGGGACUUCGUCGCACACGCGGACUCCUCGGUCGUGGCGAAAGAUUUCUUGGCCUGGUCGGAGGACACCUUCAGCCCGGACGAACACUUCUGGGCCACGCUGGUGCGACUGCCGGGCGUCCCCGGAGAGGUACCCAGGUCGCAGCCGGACAUCACGGACCUGAUGAGUAAGACCCGGCUGGUGAAGUGGCAGUACCUGGAGGAGAGCCUGUACCCGCCCUGCUCGGGGACACACGUCCGCAGCGUUUGUGUUUACGGCGCGGCGGAAACGCGUUGGUUGCUCAACUACGGUCACUGGUUCGCCAACAAGUUCGACCCCGACGUCGACCCCGUCGUCAUUCAGUGCCUCGAGGAGAAGCUGGAGGAAAAACAAAAGCUGUUCCACAUGGCCUCUCACGCCUGCCAUAAGGGUUAACCAAAAGCUACAGUUCACUGGAGAGAUUAGUCGAUUCAUCAAUUAGGUUCCACCUUCUGAAAUGUACAAAUGUGCUGCUUUUCUGUCUUUAAUGGUCCUUUUCUUUUGGAUUUUGAUCUGUUGGAGACAUUUAAAGUCACCAUGUAGAGAUUUUUAAAGCAGGGCUGGCAAAUCUUUUCCAAUGGAAAUAGCGAGCAGCUCCAAGAGUCGCUAAAUGUAGCAAGAAAGUCAUCAAGUCAUCAACCAUGAAAAGCAAGAGCAGUUAUUAUCAUGAACGUAAACAGCGAACGUGGUUAUUGUUAGUACUUGGUGGAAACUUCGGUUCAGAAAAGGGAAGCCAAUGAAGAAGUGCCUUUAACGUGCAGUCUCUCUCCUGACCACCAGGGGGCGACUCCUCUGGUUGUAUAGAAGUCUAUGCUUCAUGUGUUAAAGCUGCGUUCUCUCCACUGACCACCAGGGGG